AUGCACAAAAUAUUCGAGGUCGAAGAACUCGAACGAGCCACGGACAACUUCUCCCCUUCCUGCCUCCUCGGCCGAGGCAGCCACGGCAGCGUCUACCGCGGCCUCCUCGACGACGGCACUCCCGCCGCCAUCAAAACCCAAUCCCCGGCCCUCGGCGAGAAAAAAAUCGACAACGAGGCCACCAUCCUCUCCUCCCUACCCCCCAACAACCCCUACCUCGUCGGCCUCCUCGGCACCUCCCUCGACCCCUUCUCCAACACCACAAUCCUCGUCACCCGCUACAUGCCCAACGGCACCCUCCACGACCUCCUCCACUCCUCCCCCAACCCACCCUCCUGGGAAAAACGGGUCGAAAUCGCCCUCCGUGUCGCCCGCGGCCUCCGGGCCCUCCACGAGGCCGGCGUGGCCCACCGAGACAUCAAGCCCGCCAACAUACUGUUCGACGAGGCUUGGGGCGCCAGGCUGGCGGACUUCGGCCUGGCGUCUGUUGGGCCUGGGGCCCGCCCGGCGGGGACGAUUGGGUACAUGGACCCCGCGUACACCACGCCGGAUGGGCUGACGUGGAAGGUGGACGUGUACAGCUACGGGGUGGUGCUGAUGGAGAUGAUUUCGGGGAGGAGGGCGAUGGAGAUGGGGAGGUCGCCGGCGGCGGUGGCGGAGUGGGCGCCGCCGUUGAUUGGGAAGGGGAGGAUUGGGGAGGUUUGUGAUGGGAGGGUGCGGGUGCCGGGGCACAUGGCGAGGGGGGCCAUGAGCUACACCUGUAAACAUUAUCAUUAA